AUGAGAUUUUUAGCAGUUUUUUUAAUUUUAUUGUCAGUCGCAUCAAUUAUUUCAGCUUAUAGACCAGUUGUUUUAAUGCAUGGCGUCACCACAGGCAGUUCAGCAAUGAACAAUUUAGAAAAGUGGAUUCAAGAAGCUCUCCCAGGAAUUUAUGUCAAAAAUGUCGAAAUUGGCAACGGUAAAUUAGAUUCAAUCUUUAUGGAUAUGAACCAACAAGUUGAAGAAUUUAAAAAUGUAGUUCAAUCAGAUCCAAAUUUAGCAAAUGGUUUUAACGUUAUUGGUUUCUCACAAGGUACUUUAAUUUCUCGUGCAUUCAUUGAACGUUUCAAUGAACCAAAAGUUAACAAUUAUAUCGGUUGGAACGGUCCACAAGCUGGUCAAUUCGGUACUCCAUUUGUCAACAUCCAAUGGGUCGAUAAAUUAUUAACCACUUUAACCUAUUCAGAUCAUGUCCAAGAUAACAUUGCUCCAGCUGAAUAUUGGAAAAACCCAUUCAAAAUCCCAGAGUAUUUAGAAAAAUCAAUCUUUUUAGCUGAUAUCAACAAUGAGGGUGAAGCUAAAAACCAAACCUACAAAGAUAACAUCAGCAGUUUAAGUAACAUGAUUCUUUCAUACAGUAUCAACGAUAAAACUAUUGUUCCAAAAGAAAGUGGUUGGUUUGGUUUCUAUGCCGACGGUAACACUGACAACAUUGUUCCAUUACAACAACAAGAUCAAUACACCCAAGAUUGGUUAGGUCUCAGAACUCUUGAUGAGUCUGGUCGUCUCCACUUUUUCACCACUGACUGUACUCAUAAAGAUCACCCAAUUGAAGAUUAUUGUAAAAUUUAUUUUACCAAUUACACUUUACCAUGGUUACAAAAUUAA